AUGACUACGGCAACACAACACGACGAAACAGACCAGAUCGUCCAUCAAUUAGCCGCCCUUGCAGCUACCGUGAGCAAUACAUCAAGCAACAGCGCCUCAUUGUCGAUUGCUCCCCCCGUGGCAGAGCCCCAAUCAGCAGCACCGAACCCUAAACCAGAGCAACCAGAAGAAGAAGAAUCAUUCUACCAUCUUUGUAGUCUGAUAACAGUCUCCUGCUUACCGCAGCAUAUGCCAGCCCAUACACCGACACCUUCAGCCUCAACACUAGGCUCCAAAUCGGGGAAGUGCAAAAGUCAAAUCUUUGAUCGGAAGAGAGCGUCAUCGAUUCUGAGCUUGCAUCUCGGUGAUCUAUCGAGUUUGCCGUUUUCCUCGAAAGGGAAAGUCUCGUGCAAGCCUUGCCCGAGAUAUAGUCCUCUUCCUCCAUUAUUUGUGCAGAAGAGGCUUGCUAUUCGGCCUGAGGUGCGCUUCUAG